UGCUUGGCUGUAAAGCCUGGCGUAGGUGCCCUGCCGUACUUUUACAACUAAUUAACGAUAUAUAUCACGAUUCACGAGCACCAACCGGCCGUCGUACUAACGUGCUGACCGAUUUGUUUAUGAUUAUUAAUGAGUUAAGGACUAUAGAUUAUGUGUUCAUUUUCUACAAUGGGAGGCUUUUGGGAACUUGCUAGUGUAGUUCAUUUCAGAUAUUCUUUACGGAGACAAGAGGUGCUCUUCGCAGGCCAGAACAUACUUGGAAGUCGAGAGAGAAGCUUCCCAUCUCGAUCCCUUGCACCUUCGAGGCUGGGCAGCACCCGGGGACAGAGUUGAGCUCACUUCCUGCUCCGAGGAAGGAAACGAAAUCAUCAGCAGCCUCCUCCCAGUUUAUCUUUCCAGAAUUGUCCAGAGCAAACGGACUGUUGCUUAAUAAUUUUACAAAGUUUGCGAGCUGCUAGAUUACAAGAAUUAUUGUUGCACGAUCACUGUAUCUACUUUAGGUCAGUGAAAAGAAAGCCAAUAAUCUGCUCCUCCGACGGACCCAUCCUCAGAGUCCAGCAAGUGUUAUUGCCCACUUGCCUGAUGCCCUGAUCACGCCUUUCUUCAGUCCUACAGACAGAUCGAUCAGCUGAACCUACAGCUGCCACUGCAAGUUCAGAGCAUCUGACAUCACCAUCUCUGAGUCUUUACUUCCCUUCGUGGAAGUCCCUGUCUCGUAUGUAUUGCACAAGAUAGCAAGAUCUUCAGAGUCCAGCCAACAUGAGCCUAUCAAAGGCCACUGGGAUAAUUAACAGCAUCAAUGAGUUUGGUGCUUUUUUCCAGUUGCUCGGGUCUGCUGCCUCGUAUAUGCGUUCCAAGUGGAUGGGGUCACAAGAGAAAAAACUUGAAGAAGAUGACAUACUGCAGGAGAAAAAACUUAAAGAAGAUGACGUACUGCAGUUGCAGAGUGACCUUCGAUGCCUACGUGAAACUCUACCUGCAAUGUACAACCUUAUUGAUAGAGCAGAGUGGAAGAGCUAUGUACCUGGUGUUGAACAGCACCUUCCAAAUCUCAAGGAUGCAGUGUAUGAUGCAGAGGACCUUUUGGCUGAGUUCGCAUGGUAUGAGCUGAAGGUGAAAAUUGAGGGCAAUGCAACCCAACUAUCUCCUUUCAUUGACUUCUUCCACAGCGUCACUCAAGGAAGCUUCAACAAAGUGGUAGAUAUCCAAAGAAGGCUUAGUAAUCUUUCUAGCCAUCUUGAGAAGAUGGGCUUGCAUGAGGAAACUCCACAGUUUGACAAAUCACUCAGGCCAGUGACCACUUCUUUCCGCACUGAGCCAAAGAUAUUUGGUCGUGAGACGGAACUGAGGGAGGUGAUCCGAUUGCUUGGUGUACCGAACUAUAGUAGCCGGUCUUCUUCAAAACGGAAGAGAACUUCUCACGCAGCAUAUGUUCCUGUUUUGCCAAUAGUUGGAAUAGGGGGCGUUGGAAAAACUACUCUAGCCCAAGAGAUCACCACCCUUCAAAAGGUCAAAUCCCACUUUGACAAAAUCAUAUGGAUUUGCGUCUCUGAUGAAUUUGAUGAGGAGAGGUUUACUAAAGUUCUCAUAAAAUCUCUAUCAGGUAAAGAGGCAAUAGCUGAUAAUUUAGAUGAUCUUCAACAAAUUCUUGCUAGUGAAGUUGGAAAAAAGAUGUUCUUGCUUAUCCUCGACGACAUUUGGCCUAAUGCCUUGAAUGAUGAUGGGCGUUGUUGGAGAAAAUUUUGUGCACCUCUCACAAAUGUACUUCAGGGAAGUAUGAUGGUAGUGACCACAAGGUUUGCAGAGGUUGCUGAUAUAGUGGGCACAAUGGACUCAUUUGCUUUGGAAGGCUUACAAAAUGAUGUAUUUUGGCAGUUUUUCAAAUUGUGUGUGUUUGGGUCUGAGGAUUAUCACAUUGAUCCACAAUUAGAACAGAUUGGUAAAAGCAUACUUCCAAAGUUGAAGCGCAAUCCUUUAGCUGCUAAAACUAUUGGAAGGCUAUUACAAAAAAGCCUUAACCCUGCACACUGGAAUGGUAUACUAAACAGUGAAUUGUGGCAGCUUAGACAAAAGGAGGCUGAUAUUUUGCCAGCUCUUCGGUUGAGCUAUAUGUAUCUACCUUUCAAUUUGAAGAGAUGCUUCUCCUUCUGUGCUACAUACCCCAAAGAUUACAAUUUUGACAAAUCUAGUCUUGCUGAAAUUUGGGUGGCAGAAGGAUUUGUGGAACCUCAAGGUAGCAUCCCACUUCAACAUAUUGGUGCUCAAUACUUUGAAGACCUUGUAAAUUUGUCCUUCUUCCAGAAACAUCGUGGUGCAUACGUAAUACAUGACUUGAUGCAUGACAUGGCACAAUUUGUUUCGAAGGACGAAUGCUUCAUUGUAAAGAACUCGAGCGACCUUGAAAAAAUUCCACAAAGUGUUCGCCAUCUAUUAAUACUGCCAAUCACCAAUGUUAAUCGGUCCAACUUAUUGAGAUUAGGCGAGUGCACAAAGCUGCGCACUCUGCUUUGCAACAAGCCUUUGAGCAGUGGCAGUUUAUCUUCAGCAAUGGACUGCUGGUUUGAAAAACUUUUGUGCCUGCGUGUUAUUUUCUGUGCCUCCACAGAGAAAUUACCAGAAAGUAUUGGCAACCUGAAGCAUCUCCGGUACCUUGCAAUAUCCAGAACUUGCCAUAUUCGGAGCCUGCCUUCGUCAUUCUGCAACCUUUAUAACUUGCAGAUUUUUUAUGCUAGGAAAUGCGAAUUCGAAAGUUUACCCAGAGGCAUCAGCAAGCUGAUCAAUCUGCAGAAGUUUGAAUCAAAAAAUACUCCCUUAAUGGAAGUUGAUGCUGCAGAGUUGAAAGACGAACUCAGUUUUAUUGACAAAUUUAAUCCGCAUCCAAGCGAGCUGACAAUAAAUAAUCUUGGUGCAAUGAGCAAGGAUGGUGCAGCAGAAGCCGAACUCAAGAAGAAAGAAUAUCUGAAUAGUCUGACUCUGAUAUGGUCUUCCUUAAGAUGCCAAGAGCACAAUGAGAUAGAAGUACUUCAAGCUCUACAGCCUCCCACCAACAUCAAGUCUGUACAGAUUGAGGGUUAUCCAGGUGAAUAUCUUCCUAGCUGGUUUCGUGGUUGUGAUGGACCCGAGGCCAUGUCAUUUUCUGAGUUACCUACGGCGACAGUUGACAACAAUAAUAUUAGCAGAGCCAGGACCAUUUUCCCAUUAUUAACAGAGGUAAGCAUUAAAGGGUGCCGAAACUUAUCAGGCCUGGAACAAUUUCUACAUCCAAUGACUUCUGUACCAGCCAUCAGCAAAAUAGUUAUUGAAGAUUGCGCAAGUGUAAAAUCAGUACCAAUUGAAUGGCCCCCUUCCCUUGAACAAAUAAGCGUGUCCAACUGUCCAAAAAUGACACAUCUCUCGGCCCCGUCUGCAAAGAAGCUCGAGCUGAAGUUUAAGAUUUUUGGAUUCAACAUUGAGUGUAGUUCCCUCACCUACUUGCAUAUACAUUCCUCCCAGCUGCCAUCCAUUGAACUAGAAAAGUGGAGUCUUCCAGUACUGCAGAGGCUCCACAUCAGUGAGUGUGGUUGUCUGAAAUUUAUUAGAGAAUCUGAGCACAUAUCCACGGGCCUUUCCCUUGGCUUGGCCAGAGCCAGAGGCAACACUGCCAAAUUCCCGUUACUCACUGACCUAACUAUAGUAGACUGCAGCAAGCUGGAAAGUAUUGAUGACCUCCUAACACAUGAAUGCCUCCCUACCAUCGAGAGUAUUAGUAUUUGGUCUUGUGAUUUGCUGUCCCUGCCCACCAAAAGAUUUGAGAGUUUUCCUUUUCUGAAGAAUUUGGACAUCUGGCGGUGUCCACGUCUCUACUGGCAAAGAGAAAUGGUGUUACCAUCGUCCCUCCAGAAGCUCAGCUUACGCAGUUGUGGGGAUUUCUCUGCCUGGUCUCCUAGGUGCUGCCUAGAGAACCUGACCUCCCUUGAGUCACUAAUGAUGGAAUCAUGCCGAGGUAUAGUGUCCAUUCCAGGUGAUCUUUGGAGCAGUAAUCUCAAGUCACUCCAAAAUUUGUUGAUUGCGGAAUGUCCAGACCUUGUCUCAAUUGGUGGACCGGAAGCAAUUGCAAACAUAAAUACAGUAUUCAUUCAAGGCUGCCCAAAGUUGAUGGAAAUAGAGCAGCUGUGGUUUGAUGCGCCAGGCCCACAGGACAUAUAACCAAUAUCGCUGCCUCUUGAUGAUCACCUUCUUAUCUCUAUGUUCUUAGACAUAGACAGUUACGGCUAUUAGUUUGAUAAAUCAAACCAUUUAGAUACUUCAUUAUGCGAUCAUUCUAUGAAUUUUGGUUGGACGUGAUCGUUCCUCCUUAUUAAACUGAGACAUCAUGUUGUGCGAAAUAAGAUAUGAUGGAUUAACCCCUCCAGCUCAGACAAGAUGAUUAGGUUUGGAGUUGGGAUUGACCCCUCGUCUGUUUGGUCUGUCGCAUUUUUAUUCAUAUGAAAAGUUCGAUGUGUUCAU